AUGGCUGCUUCUGAGUAUCAGAAGCCUGUUUCUGGAGCCAUCACAUGUGUGAUUGCUAACUAUCUUUCUGGGCAGCGAUCCUCAUCAUGUAGCCUGACAAACCUGAGAGUUGAGUUUGAAUACAAAUAUUAUCAGAAAGGAGACAUCAUUAUCGGAGGGCUGAUUUCUGCUCAUGUGGACACUAUGAGUCUUCCUGUAUUUUCUAAAGAUAGUUGUUUAUUCCUUUACUGUACAGAAAUUCAAGUUGAUCCAUAUAGAAACAUUUUGGCUUUCAUUUUUGCUAUUGAUGAGAUUAACAAAGAUCUCGACCUUCUGCCCAAUAUUACUCUUGGCUAUAAAAUAUUUGACACAUGUGGAAGUUCAAGGAAAUCUCUGAAGUCUGCCAUGCAAAUAAUGUCUGGAAAAGACGAGGAGGCUCCAAAUUACUCCUGUGUGGAUGAUGGAGAAGUGGCUGCUUUUGUGACUAAUCCUGGAUCUGAUAUCAAUAGAGCCCUGAUAGAAUUCCUCAGUCUAUAUAAGAUUACACAGAUCAAUUAUGGACCUUCUGACCCUCUCCUGAGUGAUAGAGUCUCAUAUCCAACAUCAUAUCAGAUCACUCCUGAUGACCAGGCUCGAUAUGAAGCUAUUGUGAAGAUUCUGAAGUACUUUGGAUGGAACUGGGUUGGGAUCAUUACAACAGACAAUGGAAAUGGUGAAAUGGAGUCAGAAACGCUUAGUAAAAUGAUGACUCAGCACGAGAUCUGUGUAGAUUUUAUCAUCAAAUUAGAUAAAUAUGAUUACACUAUGAACGAAAUGGGGAUGGAGAAAAUUCUAAAAUCACGUGCUAAAGUCAUAGUGGUUUCUGGUCUUUUUAACAGGGGUUAUGCCCACACUAUCUACAGAGCUCAAGUGGAAAAUAUCACAUUGAUCCUUCAUGAGUCCUGGAUUAGUAUUAUGAAUUUAGGACGUGAAUAUUAUCAAUUGGUCAACUGCAGCUUAAUGUUUAUGCCACCGAAGAAAGUAAUCCCCAAGUUUAAUGUCAUUCAAAGUGUGAACCCCAUGACCCGUCCAAAUGACCCACUGCUGGAAGAUCUUUGGUUUAUCAUUUAUGGAUGUCUGACUAAAAAUAAAUAUAAAAAUCAAUUUUUUAAGCUGAUUUAUAAAGAUAAACCUACAGUUAACUGCAGUGAGAUAUAUGGCUUCCCUAAUCAGAUGUAUAAUGGUCACACUCUGUACUAUGUCUACACAUCAGUCUACGUUCUGGCUCAUGUUCUGAAUAGAAUUGUACUAAAAAAAUCUAGUUUACAGACACAUGGACUAAGACAUAAACUGUCUAAAUAUAUAACAAAUGCUGGUCAUAUGGAUCAUUCUGGAAAACCUGUUCACUUUAAUGAGAGAGGCAAACUGACUUCUAAGUGGCAGUUAGCAACCUUUUUUUUCCUGAAGAAUCAGAAAGAUUAUAAUGCGUAUACAAUGCAGUUGGCCUCCUUUGAAGAAUCUGCAGAAGAAGAAGCUGUGCUCGAUAUUGACCUAGGAAAAAUUAUAUGGAAAAAUGGCAAAGAGCUAUCAUUCUUUCUUAUGAAGAAGAAUUCCACUCCAACAGAAGAUGUAGACUCAGGGAUUGAGGGUAGUGUUAGACCCAAGAUGCCUCAGUCCCGGUGUAAUGAGCCAUGUUCUCCAGGACACAGGAAAGCUUCUAAUGGAGGAUAUCUGGUCUGCUGCUAUGACUGUGUCCCCUGUUCUGAGGGUGAAGUGUCCAAUAUAACAGACUCUACAACUUGCCAUAAAUGUCCUAAAGAAGAGUGGCCUGAUGAGAAGAAAGUGAAAUGCAUUCCGAGAAUCUAUGAUUUUCUUUCCUACGAGAAGGACAUUCUAACUUUCAUUUUUUUAGGAAUAGUUUUAUUUUUUUCUGCUAUGACAUUGAUCAUAUUAGGAAUCUUCAUUUAUUACUGGGACACACCGAUUGUUAAAGCCAAUAACCGGACUGUGAGCUUCAUCCUCCUGGUCUCCAUCUUGCUGAACUUCCUCAGUGUUUUCUUGUUCCUUGGCCGUCCAGGGGACAUAGCCUGUUUACUGAGACAAACAUCAUUUGGUAUCUUCUUCUCUAUUAGUGUCUCUUCUCUUCUGGACAAAACUAUCACAGUCUGCAUUGCCUUCAAAGCCACCAAACCUGGAAGUAUCUGGGUGAAGUGGAUGUCAUUCAAUGUGUCAAAUUAUGUGGUCAUGGUGUGUUCUUCUGUACAAGUUCUCAUAUGUGUUAUUUGGUUGUUGAUGUCUCCUCCUUAUGUAGAGUUUGACUAUCACUCUUAUCCUGGGAAGAUCAUCAUUCAGUGUAAUGAAGGCUCGGUCAUCGCCUUCUACUCCAUGUUGAGUUAUAUGGGGUUCCUGGCAGCUGUGAGCUUUGUUCUGGCUUUCAUGGUGAGGACAUUACCGGACAAUUUUAAUGAAGCCAAGUACAUCACCUUCAGCAUGCUGCUGUUCUGCAGUGUCUGGAUCGCCAUGAUACCAGCCUAUCUGAGCACUAAAGGGAAGUACAUGGUGGCUGUGGAGAUAUUUGCCAUAUUGACCUCAUGUUCUGGCAUACUUGGUUGUAUAUUUCUUCCAAAAAUAUAUAUUGUUCUUUUUGACCCUAGUUUGAACUCCAGAAAAGCAAUUUUGGAGAGAAAUAAGAUAUAG